UACAUCAAUGGCACCAGCUGUAAUCUCAGAGUGUGUGUGUGUGUGUAUCUUCAAUCCCUCCUUACUCCCCUCUCGAGCAGGGAUGGGGACCAACCCUGACCUGUGCUAUUACCCACACCUCUUCUAGGAGCACUUUGUGGGUAAAUAAUGAUUAUCCCCAGCAGUUGGCUGCCUCUCUACUUUGCAAGCUUCGGGCUAUGUUACAUCUUGAUCUUCAGCAGUAUGUUUUACUUUCAGUGGAAGAAAGUUGUCCGCCGGGAGCAACGGGCGAAAGCAUGGGUGGAGCUGAUGAGGAGUGAAACAUUCUUCCCCAAUGCAAUCGUUCACUGGGCAAACAAGAGAGCUCAUUAUGGGAUUAAAGCAGAGGUUUGCACUCCGGAGUCCAGAGCCAGCCCAAAGCAAUAUGGCAAAGGCUUUGACAAAGACGACAACUCAGGCAUUGAUACUUUCCUUCCUUCCCUCCCAGGUGGGGAUUCAUACCAACUGGUAUUUCAGGAACUGCCUUGUGUUCGUUCACUCUCCAAUCUGCCACCCCUGCUCCCUCAUUCAACUUCUUAUCCCUUUUCAGCCAUUCCAUCUGGGACUGUUCCAUUCAUUUCUCUUCCCGACUUCGUUCCAUUAGGAGAUGGGAGAGACCACUUCGGCAGCAGCAACUCUGCUUGUGAGAUGUAACUCUUGGCUAGCCCGCAAAGGGUGCAGCCUUUGGCUUUGGGAUGGGAACCCAAACGAAACAUGGACACAUUUCUAAAGACAAAUAAAACUGGCUACAGCAUACUGUCAUCAGAAUACUUUCAACGCUGCCUUCUGUGUGU